AUGCAGUUCCGUGCUCUCUUCCUCGCCGCGGUUGGCUGUUUCGCUGCGGUUCAAGCCGAAGUCAACUGGAUCAACCACGAUCAAGUCCACCCGUUCGCUCAGGUUGAGCCUGUCAACGCCUCCGAUAAGGCUGCGAUCAAGUUCAAGCCGAAGCUGCAGAUCUCCUACGGCUGUCAUCCUUACCCCGCAGUCCAAGCCGACGGAGCUGUCAGUGACGGCCUGAAGUGGGGCGGCAAGCCCGAUGGAAAAUGUAAAGGUUCCGGUUUGGGCUCGCAGGUGUACUCUCGCUCGGACUGGUACCAGGGUAAGUGGGCCAUCAUCCACCGUCACCUGUGGCUUUAUUUGGUGCUGUGGAUCGACAACCCUGAGGCCGCGAACCCAGCCAUUCUCGGAGUGUGGCUGCGUACCGCGGGUGGAAAUGAGCAGCGGGUUCCCCCGGACGCGAAGUUCAUCGACGGUUCGAGCCUGAAAGUCGAAUACUACAAGAGCUCGUGGCAUGGCAAGACGGGGAUCCAGCUAACGGAGAACCCGGGCGAGUUCCAGGACCUGGUCACUUGGGAACAAAUGACGGAGGAGGCUCGCAUUGCCCUGACCGAAGCUAACUUUGAUGGCCACUGGCAGGAGCGGAAGGACUUGGACGUCCCGUUCAUCGACGGUGAGUUCACGGUGAACCUUGAGAAGGCCUGGAUCUUUUAA